AAAAAAAAAAAAAAAAAGGGGAAAAAAAAAAGAGAGAGAAAAAGAGUCCUCCUGUUUUUCCAAAGGAUCUGUCUCAGGAAUUUAAAGCACAUUUAAGACACACACACACUCACAUAACAUAAGGAGGGGGGGAAAAGCUCUUCCCCUCCCCUUCUUGCAGAAAGCAUGGAAGAAAGCUCCAGUUCUCCUGUUUCCCCUGUGGAUAGCUUGGGGACCAGUGAAGAGGAGCUGGAAAGGCAGCCAAAGAGAUUUGGCAGGAAGAGAAGAUACAGUAAGAAGUCCAGCGAAGAUGGCAGCCCCAACCCAGGCAAGAGGGGGAAGAAGUCCAGUCCCAGCUCCCAAUCCUACGAAGAACUGCAGAGCCAGAGGAUCCUGGCCAACGUCAGAGAGAGGCAGAGGACUCAGUCGCUCAACGAAGCGUUUGCCGCCUUGAGGAAAAUCAUCCCCACGCUGCCCUCGGACAAACUGAGUAAAAUCCAGACCCUCAAGCUGGCAGCAAGGUACAUAGACUUCCUCUACCAGGUGCUACAGAGCGACGAGAUGGACAGUAAGAUGACGAGCUGCAGUUACGUGGCUCACGAGAGGCUCAGUUAUGCCUUCUCCGUGUGGAGGAUGGAGGGAGCGUGGUCCAUGUCGGCCUCCCACUAGCCACCGGCUGCCCCCGGGACUGUCCAGCAUCUGCAACUGAAGUGGAAUUGGGAUUUAUCCAAGUUUGUAGCUUCUGAAACCUUAAAAACCUCAAGUCAACUGGUCCAAAAGACCCCUCUUGACCUCCCUGGCUCUGAACUCUCGGUGGAGCACUUGGACUGAGCAGAAAACAGCACCCAACGGGCUGAAAGUUUGCAACAUCUCCCCCCAAAGCCGCUGAGCAGCGAGAAGAGGAGAAGCGACAUUCCUGGCUGCCCGUGUCCGUCGGAUUUCGUGUCUGUCUGUCUGUCCCCAGCUUUGGGGUUUUAGCGCCAAUUUUUAUUUUUUUUUCCUGAAAAAAACCAAGAGAAAUCUUAAUUCAGGAACGCAUCGAUGAGACAUCUUUGGGUUUGGUUUUACUCCCCCUGAACUGUAGCGGGUUUGGGUUUGUUUGGUUUUUUUUUUCCUUUUUUGAGUUAUUU